AUGGUUAAAAACUUACUGUCAAACCAUUCUUUGGACGAACGUAUAGAGGAGAUGGACACCAAGUAUAAGAAGAUAGUGGGAAAUCUUGCCGGAAAUUUGGCUGUCACUACAAUGAAAGUCAAAUCUAAGUACUUCCACCGAAUUGGUGUAGGCGGGAAGGGAGUUUUAAAAAUGUUUGAUGACUUACCAACUGAACUGGCAGACCACGUUAUUUUCGGUGCUGGAAAGAGUUUCCCGGUCAUUGUUCGGCAUAGUAAUAGUCUGAGUACUGAUGAUGAUGCCAGAAUUGACGCUCGCGGUGCAGCUAUACGUAUACUUAAAGAUGAUGGCGGUAACGAUUCUUCACCACUCUUGGAUCUCACACUUAAGACAGGCAAGGCUUUCUAUGCUAGGACAAUUGCUGAUUUUGCUAUGUGGCUUGUUUGCGGGCUGCCUUCAAGGGAGGAGCAUGUGAAGAGGAGUCCUCAUAUAAGAGAUGCCGUAUGGGAUUCCCUUAGAAAUGCAGACUCGUACUCUGAGUUACAUUACUACUCGAAUAUUUGUCGGAUCAUUAGGUGCAAAAGCGGUCAGGAAAUGUACGUUAAAUUCAAGAUAAGACCGAUUAAUGAUGAUAUAGGGGAGGAAUCAGGAAAGGUGGAACCAAUCGGGAUACUACCACCAGAGACGGGUGCAAUACCAAGGGACCUUAAUGACACUAGGCCACUACUCUUCCUAGCAGAUGACUUCCAAGGCCGAGUCAGCUCUCCUGGUGGGGUUCAGUACAUCUUUCAAUUACAAUACCAGGUAGUCCCAAACGACGAAAGUGAACGUGAUACCAUUCUAGAUUGCACUCGUCCAUGGGACCAAGAUAAGUUUCCUUUCGUCGAUAUUGGUGAGAUUGUCAUCGACAAGAAUCUCAAUGCAGAAGAAUCACAGCGCCUAGAGUUUAAUCCAUUUAUGCGAUGCCACGAGGUGGAUGUCAUUCGAGCAACUUCAUGCUCUCAAAGUGCGUCUAUAGAUCACGGUCGGUCGUUAAUAUAUGAGAUUUGUCAGCACCUAAGAAAUGGCACACCGCUUCCGCAAUCGUGGAAAUAUUUCUUAGAGCAAUCCGAUGUUAAAGUCGAUCUUUCUGGUUGUCCAAUGGCUUCAUCGGUUUCAUCAAAGAAUCAAGAAACUCAAGAGCAGAAGACAGUGGUGGUACUAAAAAAGACUUUGCAUCAAAGUGGAUUUGUAGGAAGUAGAGCUAUUGUUAUGCCGGGAGUUAGAGUGGAAAACCAUGGGACACUUAAUGCCUCGUCUCUUGCCAUGAAGGAAGAACUAAUUAGAUGA